CGCCUCUAGAGCUUUGUAGCCCUGUCCAAUGGCUGCUGAUGGCUGCGAUCCUUCUGACAUGGAGGCGAACACCAGAAACGCCGCUCAGCGGCGAAGAGUCCAUCCACGGGCUGAAGAUGGAGAUUGGCUGAAGCAGCCACUACCAGAGCUGCACAAGGACUUUUAUUUGAAGCACCCGGAUCCAUCGUUGCAGUGCGAGCAAUUCUGCUGGGGCAACCUGGAGGCGGCGCACCCUGUGAUCGGAAAGCGAUCCGCUCAAGAGGCAGAUGAGUACAGAAGGGCUCAUGGCAUCAUUGUUCAGACGGUCAGAGGCCGUCCUGCACCAAAGCCCUUCCAGACUUUUCAGGAAACCUCAUUCCCAGAUUUCGUGGAGGAAGUUGCCAUGGAGCUUUUCAGCACUGAGGCCGCAGGGGCCUUACCUUUUGCUGUUCAGGCACAAGCGUGGCCGUGUGCCUUGUCGGGUGCUGAUUUGAUUGCAAUUGCCCCGACUGGCAGUGGCAAAACAUUGGCGUUCCUCUUGCCUGCGCUGGUUCACAUCAUGGCACAGCCUCCGCUCUUGGCAGGAGAGGGUCCCAUCGCUCUCAUUCUUGAGCCGACACGUGAACUCGCAAUGCAAACACAUUCAGUGGCUCAGCAAUUCUGCAGUCGUACUCGCGGAGAGGACCGCCUGCGUGCCGGUGUGGUUUUUGGAGGUAUUGCUGCAGAGAUGCAGACACCUGCAGAGAGGGAGCCGGAUUUUGGCUGCUGGCCAGAAGUUCUUGUAGCAACACCGGGGCGGCUCUUCGAACUGAUCAGCAUGAAACGCUGGAUAAGCGCCAAGCGGAUCAGCUACGUAGUCUUAGAUGAGGCUGACCACUUGCUUUCACCUGGCACUUGGCUCAUCCAAAUCAAGGAGUUGCUGAAAUGGAUUCGGCCUGACAGGCAGCUUUUGCUCUUUAGCGCUACAUGGCCACACGAUGCAGAGCGCGCAGCUUCUGAUCUAUGUGGCGAAGAGUUGGUGAGGAUCAGAGUCAAUCCCGCAGUUCCUAGCAUUCCUCAGGAAGUGAAGCUUUUCCCCGACUCCUUUGAUGGUGGCUACGAGAACAAGCUGGCAGAGCUGCUGCGUUGGAUUGAGCAAGAUCUGCAGGCAGAGGAGUCUUUAUUAGUCUUCUGUUCAAACCCACGUGUGGCAAGCGAGAUUGCGAAACACCCCAAGGUGAAAAGAGUGGUUGGUGACUCAGUGGCCGUGCUGGACCACCAUGAGCCCAACGAGCCAUCCAAAUAUAGGAGCUUCAUACAGGGUCGGAUCAGAAUGUUGGUGUCUACGUUCCAAUUGGCAGGCCGCGGGUUGGACUUUCAAGACACAACUGUCACACUGUCACUGGCCAUUGUGCUUUUUGACUUCCCGUCAAGCAUUGGAGAUUACGCGAAUUGUAUUGGACGCACGGCAAGGCCAGGCCAAAAGGGCGGCCGCGUGUAUGCCUUUUUGCCAGAAGGCCGGUUUUGGAUAGCAGGUGAGCUAAUUGCCCUACUGGAGCACUGUGGACAGAAGGUCCCUAAAGCUUUGACUGAACAGAACGAUCAGGAUCAAAAGUACCUCUCAGAGAUGCAAGCAAGCAUGCUCCAACUGCAGAAUGACAAAGACAAUUUUAAACCUCCGCAGCUUUGCGGCGGUGAGUUCAAUGCCGAAACCAAGGUGUGGAAGUUGCCAUCAAAGACACCAUCUUAUAGACGGAAACUUGUGCAUUUGCUGGCAGAUGAAUUGGGAGUGCCUCAUGUGUCAUAUGGAGAUGGGCCAAGCAGGCGGCUUUAUUUGUCUCAUGAACGGAGUGCGCUUCCUGACAAAUACUUCAUUGAAGGAGAAGAAGUGGUUAUUCUUGGCAGAGAGCGUCCGAAGCUAUUUGGGACUGUGGCAGACCCACAUAUCAUUCGCCGCAGUCGUGGCAUCUUGGUCUACUUGUCGGAUACGAAAUACGGCGAAUACCCGGUGGAUGUUCCUGUAGACAAUGUUUGGCCAGCGGGAACAGAGCCUGCCGAUGAUGCCCAGCGGCCGUACACGGAGCAUAAUUCGCACCACCGCCAACCCUGGAAGGGCUCAGGUGGCAAAGGCUAUCGAGGCUAUUAGC